GAGGAGGAAACGAAUGUUGUGGAGGAGAAAACAAGGACAAAAUGGACUCGCGGCACCGCCGAGGCUGCCACAGCAAUCGGUGUUUUAUUCGCACGGUCUCUUGGAGCGGGAGGUGUGGCGGCUGCAAAGCAGCGGCUUCUCAUUGCGCCACGGAGCCCCGAGCGCUGCUCCCCAGGCGGCGAGGGCUGGCCGGCCUUCACCCACGUGGAGCUGUGGGCCUGGGGACACCCAAGGAACAGGAGACACCCACGGUACCGGAGCGGGAGCUCCGGCGGUGCCCGGUGGGGGAUGCGGGGCCGCGCCGUGCCCGGGGGGCGGUUUUGCGGCGGAUUCCCUCGCGCAGUCGGAGGAGCGCGCCGAGUUCGGCGCUUUCCGGCGGCGGUCGCCGAAGAUUGCCGGAAGCGGCGAGCGACGCGCAUGCGCGGUGUCGCGGCGGGGCCCGGUGAUGGCGGCGGCGGCGGGCGACGCGGGCGCGGCGGGGGCGGAGGACGGGGCCGCGGGCCCGGUGCGGGACGGGGCCGAGAGGGGCGAGCCGGGCCCCGGCGCGGUCGAGGCGGCGCCGCCACCGCUGCCGGGGCUGCAGCUGGUGCAGCAGGGCGCCGAGGCGCGCGUCUACCGGGGGAGCUUCCUGGGGCGCGCGGCCGUGGCCAAGCUCCGCUUCCCCAAGCUGUACCGGCACCCGGCGCUGGAGGAGCGGCUCAGCCGGCGGCGCACGGCGCAGGAGGCGCGAUCCCUGCUGCGCUGCCGGCGGGCAGGGAUCCCGGCUCCCGUGGUCUACUUCGUGGAUUACGCGUCCAACUGCAUUUAUCUGGAAGAUAUCGUUGGCGCGAUCGCUGUUCAGGAUCACAUCUACUCCGUGCAGCGGAGCGGCAGCGAUGCCAGCAGCCUCCUCGGCUUGGCGGAGAAGAUGGGCCAGCUGCUGGCCAGGAUGCACGACGAGGACCUCAUCCACGGGGACCUCACGACGUCCAACGUGCUGCUGCGGCCGCCCGUGGAGCGGCUGGACUUGGUGCUGAUUGACUUUGGGCUCAGCUUUAUUUCGGGUCUUCCCGAGGAUAAAGGAGUCGAUCUGUACGUGCUGGAAAAAGCCUUCCUUAGUACCCAUCCCGAUACGGAAACUGUGUUUCAGGCUCUGCUGCAGAGCUACGCGGCCGCCUCUAAGAAAUCCAGCCCGGUGAUCAAACGUCUGGAUGAGGUGCGGCUCAGGGGGAGGAAGAGGUCCAUGAUUGGGUAACAGCAGGCGGCGACGGAGAAAUCUGAUGGAGAAAUUGGUUCUGCCAAGGGGGGGUUAUUUAUACUGCCGGUUACUUUGGUUGCACAGAUGGCUCUUUUGAUAGCAGUGCCUCGUAUGAAAUAAAUCGGAUUUCUAACCGUU